AUGCCCAAACCACGCCGUCAAGACGGCUCAAAAACAAAUAACCGUCUUAGAGACAUCAAAAGUCGAAAUGAAGCAAAGUAUCAAGGAGAAUUAUCUCCCGCCAUUGAUGAGUCUACUCCUGACGCAGAAGAACUAGAAUUUCAAAAGAAUUUAGAUUACUUGUUGAAUAACGAAAGAAAUGAUGUCCCACUUGGAUCCGAAGAGCAAGCUUAUAUUGCAGCCAAUAGAGUUAAUGAAAUUGAAAUCAGUCUCGUUUCUCAAGGUGAUAAGAAGUCUGGUAAGGUGAAAUCAUCAAAACAUUCACAACGACAAAAAAACCUUACAGUAGCUGAGAUUAUUGGGGAUAUUGGCGAGCUUGAGUUUUCAUCCGACGAAGAGGAUGUUCCCAACGUGGAAGCUGAAACAAAGGCUAUGGACCCUAAAGACGGCUCAACAAAGAAGAGUAAAAAAAAACCAAAGAAUAAGGAAAAGAAUCAUACAAAAGAUUUCGUUGGUCAAGCUCAUGACAGUUCAGUUAAUAAUGCAAAUGAAAAUGAAAAACCAAAAACGAAGCAAAAUAAUCCCUCAAAUAUUGCUGAAAUAAAUUACUCAAAAAAGGAUUUUACCGAGAUGGACCAAGAUUCACAGGACGGUAUCAACGACAAAUCGAAACAUAAUCCCAAAAAGACCAGGAAAAAAAAGAGUAAGGACUUAAACAGCACCUCAGAGAUUGAAAGCAAACUGAAAAGAUACGAUGAGGAGCAAAAUGUGCCCAAAUCUGAGACAAUGCCUCCUAUCAAAAAGAGGUCCAAAGCCAAGAAAUCGAAUCAAGCACGAUACCCUAAAGGACCAAGCACUGAACAGGAAGAAGCAGUAGAAUUUGCCGUCCUUAAUACUGACCUGGCUCUCACGCAUUGUGCAAUUCAGCAAACUCGUGAGGACGGCUCUAAGAAGCUGAAAGGGAAGAAGUCUCAAAAGAAGAGAAAUACACCCCAAAAUGAAUCAAAUGGCAAUACAGUGGGCUCAUCUAGGGCCACUUCAAAAAACUCGUCUAAAAGAUUACCCGAAAACAAGAAGCGUCAGUACACAGAUUCAAUAUCUGGUAGCGAAAUUGACAAAAGUACUAACUAUGUGGAACAGUCUGAUGAUGCGAAGUAUGAGACGGGUGUGGUGGAGGUUGUGGAAAAUGAAAGCUCAACUUUCUCACAAGAGACUAAAAGAGGCACACCCCAGGACCAAGCUCGCAAGGGUGAGCCGGCUUUGUCGCUGAGCUUGAAAUUGAGCAUGACUACGAAAGGUAGAACUGAGUCGUCUAACUCGGUCUCGUCGCUAUUUGGAGUCACUUUGAAAUCACUCAAGCUGUCAUCUAGUAGAUCCGAGCACUUGCCAGAACUUUCACCAAUCAAAACUAUCAUUGGAGUGUCUCAUCGACAGAUAUUAACAGCUGACCUAUCUGACGUGAAAAUCAAAACCAUUAUGAAUGCCCCUUCCAUUUCAAAGUAUGCUUCAAACAGCAUGAAGUUUGCAAAGAAGUACGAGAAUAAAGUAUUCAACAAUUACAAGUUGAAAAAGCAGUUUCUCACCUUGUGUUUCAAUGUGGCACUUUAUGAAUCCAAUGGGUUUAAAAAGUCGGUCAAUCAACACCCUGACAUACUUGACAACUUUGGCCAUUAUGAUGAGCUCAAUUUGACAAAUACACACACCGCAAUUACUGCAUCAGAAAAGGAGUUGCAUCGAAACACUUUGGAUUAUUCAGUGUUUGCAUACUUUGGUCAUAUUUUAAUUUGGGCCUUACAUUUACAAAGAAAGGCCAAAGUACCUCUUUUCAUCGACGAGUAUGGAAUAUCUGUUUCCCCUGAUGAAAUAAAGAUGAAGAUUGGUGGUCUUCAUUUGUGGGACAAAAUAUUUCGCGAAUUGAAAGGGAUGAACGCAAAGAGAUGGAAACAUGUCUUGAAAUUCAGAAACGUGUUUGCAUUGGAAGAGGAUCAGUUUAUGGUUAUCCUACGAUUUAUGAAAAUCACCGACAUUCCAUAA